UGUGCUCGUUUGAUACAGUUGUUCUUCUUCUCUUUUACUGAGUUCUAAGCAAACUUCUGGUUAGUUUCCGAUUUGAAUUUGAUCAUACUAUGGCCAGUCAAUCCUCCAAGGGAUCCAUUUAUGACUUCACUGUUAAGGAUGCAAGAGGAAAUGACGUUAAUUUAGGCAUUUACAAGGGCAAGGUCCUGUUGAUUGUCAAUGUUGCAUCUCAAUGUGGCUUGACCAAUUCCAACUACACUGAGCUGAGUAACUUGUAUGAGAAAUAUAAAGAUCAAGGUUUUGAGAUUCUUGCAUUUCCAUGUAACCAGUUUGGAGGUCAGGAGCCUGGGAACAAUGAGCAAAUCUUAGAGUUUGCUUGCACUCGCUUUAAAGCUGAAUACCCCAUAUUUGAUAAGGUCGAUGUUAACGGUGAGAAGGCUGCUCCCAUAUACAAAUUCCUAAAGUCUAACAAAGGUGGGCUUUUUGGGGACAGCAUCAAGUGGAAUUUCUCCAAAUUCCUGGUUGGUAAGGAGGGCAAUGUCGUAGAUCGUUAUGCUCCCACUACUUCUCCUCUUAGCAUUGAGAAGGAUAUAAAGAAACUGCUGGCCUGAACCCUAUGACUGGAGGCGGUUACCUGAUCACUUCAGAGAGUC